AUGGAUUUGAACUGCGAUGCGAUAGCCAUUCAAACGCCGCCACACUUCAAACGAAACUGCGCCUCGCGACACAGCAUCAACAAUAAGGACAUGGAGCUAGAUCAUAGCGACGGCACCUUGCGACACAACACCAAUAAGGAAGACAUGGAGCUGAAACGGGCACCAAUGCCUCGUUACACAGGCCGAUAA